GAUGAUUUGAUGCCGGUGACAUAUGCACUAUAUGUACAUACAAACAAACCUCAAUCCAAUCUAGGCGAUAUGUUAUGAUUUUCUGUGUUUAUUUGCGAAUAAUUUGAUGGUUCCGAAGCAAAAAUGGAGGAUUACAAUCACAAAACGGUAUUCGUACUAGAUCACACGCAAUAUUUUGGUAUUUCUGGUGAUAACACAUUUCAAUUGGAGUUUGUGAAUAGCAAAGGAAUUGAAUCGAUUGUUCCAGUAUCAAAGAGUCUAUGGACAACAUCCGUCGAAACAGCAGCAGAAUACUGUCGCAUUGUUUGGGACUUAUUUCCGUCGGGAAAAUAUAUCCGAUUCAUUGUAAGCGAUGCGAAUGCGCAUAUUGUUAACACAUGGUCGCCAACGACACAGAAUUUGACGCAUGUAAUGAAUGCGAUGGCAAUGGUUGGUGUGCCGCCACCGUUGCCACAUUCAGCUGAAUUCACAGUGAUCCAUGGUCUGCGAGCGGCCGUCGAAGCACUGGCCGAACCAACUGAGCAACAGAAAGAGAAGCUGAAAACGGGUGCGAAAAUUGUCAAUCGAGCCCGAGUGAUAUGCAUCACUUCAGCCCGAGACGAUUCGAGUAUGAAAAGUUUGGAGGAAAUUUUCUACACAGUGUUGGCACAACAGAAUAUGUUGCCGGCACAAGGUGCAUCUGACUUUCUAAAAAUCGACCAAUGUCACUUGGUCGUGAUAAACUUGCACCCGACCGGAUUGGAUUCGAUGGUCACGAAUCGACCGUUACGCGACUUGAAUGGAACAGUCAAAGCAGAGGUGCAUUCGGUGAAGGCGCGUGAUUUUGGUAACAAAUUGACUCAUUUGAUUCUGCCGCAUUAUGAUUUGGCAAGCACAACGGUCACGGGCAUUCCGAUGAAAGAAGAACAAAAUGCGAGCUCCAGUGCAAAUUAUGAUGUGGAAAUUUUCCAUUCACGGAAAUCACAUUCGAUUAUUUGUGGGAAUGAACAAGAGCUACCGACGAGUAUCAAAGAUAAUGCCGAAUAUGAAACGGUCACAUUGAAAUGGUGUACGCCGAGAGGUGUCGGCGCUGCCGAGCUUCAACCGUGCUUGGCUCAGUAUCGAAUUACACCAGUUGAUGUUACAUCGCGACCAAGCUCGUGUCUGAUCAAUUUCCUUCUAAAUGGCAGAUCUGUGUUGCUCGAAAUGCCAAGAGAAACGGGCGGCAAAAUAACCAGCCACAUGUUAUCAGCGCACGGCGGAGAGAUUUUUAUGCAUACACUACAUACAUCACGCAGUUGCCUAGAGGAUUUGCCAUCAGUUCUAGAUAGCAAUAGUGGAAAAGUGACCGACUAUCGAAUCAAUGACUAUGCAGCAAUAAUUCAUAAUUACAAACUGAUUCCGUUGAAACAGUUUUCGGAUCGAUUACCAGAUCGAAACCUAGUACGACUCAGGGCAAAAUUUUGCAAGAGCACCAAAUAUUUCCCACUGACAGCUGGCUCGACCAUUGUUUACAAUGUGCGACAGUUUUUGGAGCCAAUGCUCACAUUGAUUGGAAAAGAGGAAAUAACUGAAGAGGAAGUGCUCAAGUGUCAGCAGAUAAUAUACAAUCUGAUUGCAUUCGAAGCUCGACAUGAACCACUUACACUGCCGGUUGGGCAGAACAGACUAAAAGGCCCCAAGAAAGAUGACCAAUACAAAUUGCUGUGGGCUGAAUUGAUUCAUUUGCUACAAAUCGGACCACAGUCACCGAACCAUAAGAAACUUUUGACAUUCAUUAAGAAUGAACAUGUUACGGAUGUAAACAAGGACUCGAAACAUCUCACUACACAAAUAACCAAUUCACCGAUGUCGCCACCGGGCUCAAGUGACCACACAUUGACUAAAAAGAAGACACAACAUCUGUUGUCAUCAGCAGGAAAUCGAUCUUUGUACGAAAUUCAAGUGGCCGCUGACAAAGCAUUGAGCAAAAAACGGCUAGACUUGGCGGGGCGCCUGUCGACACCGUCUGGGAAAAUUGCAAAACUGUAUCCCAACCUGAAAAUCAACGAAGUAUAUCAAGAUCAAGAUGCACCACAAUUUUCGCCUUAGUUAAGAAAUAAAAACACACCAACUUUUCAUGUUCACAACAUUGAUUUUAAUAAAAUUGUUCGUCAUAAAUGAAGCGCAAGAUUGCUGCAAAUAAAUAAUCGAAAUAAA